AUGGUCAAUAUCAAGAUCGUCUCGCAGGCUGAAUACCUUCCUCUCCGUUUGUCCCUCCUUGAGGCCGAAAAGGAGAACACUAGGGCCCGCGACAAGCUCGGUCGCCAACGCCGAGCUCUCCCUGUGGUCGAGGUCACGACCCCGUACUCCUUCACCAGCGAGGAUGGGAAGGAGGUCACCCUCGCAGACCUUUUUGACGGACGACCGCAGCUCAUCAUCUACCACUUGAUGUUCAGCCCGGACUGGGACGCCGCAUGCGCCAGCUGCUCGCUGUUGGGCGACUCGGUGCCAGACCUGCGCCAUUUGAACGGCCACUCGACCACGUUCGUCGCCGUGAGCCGGGCCCCGAUCGACAAGAUCCGGGCGUACAAGAAGCGCAUGGGCUGGACGUUUCCCUGGAUCUCGUCGUUCGGGUCCAGCUUCAACUACGACUUUGGCGCCACGCAGGACGAGGCCGUCAAGCCCGUCGAGUACAACUUCAAGGACAAGUCGGAGAUGGAGAAGCGCGGGCUCGCCCACUUUGCGACGGGCGAGCAGCCAGGUCAUUCGGUGUUUGUGCUCGGUGGCGAGCUGACCGGCAUUGGCGACGAGGGCAAGAUCUACCACAGCUACAGCACCUAUGCCCGCGGUGGGGAGCCCAUCAUCAACACCUUCACCUGGCUGGACAUGACCCCGUUGGGCAGACAGGACGGACUCAGUGGCGUGGGCGGGCUAGGGUUCAAAAGGCACGAUGAGUACACCACCGAGGACUUGAAGGGGUUACCCAUUGCAAAGAUUGGGGCUUGA